AUGCUUGAAGUCCAAGAUGACAUGCUCAUCGAUGCUCCGGACGGUAUUUACAUGGCAGGAAUGGGAUGGGACUUUUUCAAUUCGCCUACUGAUACUUUCCAUUUCGAGAGGGAUCUCGAGUUUCAUUUUGACGAAAACUUUGGAAAUCUAAAUUUCCAAAUAUCACAGCCAAAUCAGUCUUCCACGCUCCCAGUGACCGAUCUGGCAGCCGUGACAAAUGGCGGGCCCAAUCUGCUGGAGGCCAGUAAACAAGGGCCUCCGCUAGAUAAAUUGAACACCACGGCCGACACCUCUGGUUAUGAGGCCUUCAAAAGGUCGCCAUGGCUUUGGACUCCAGUCCGCCACGAUCACGCAUAUGCCGAGGGCUCGCAGCUCUCGGUCAAUGAAGUCCAAAUGAUGGAGUCACCAGAGGUGAACGAAAUCUGUGGUACGGACGAUAUCGUACCCAAGGCGAUGGAUCCUGCAACACGAGAUGAGAUUUUUUCUCUCGUGCUAAAGUUUUCAUCUUCCGAGGUGAAUAUUCGGUCGUUUCCAUCCUUUCGUCUACUAAAUGUUCUCAUGCAGGCCUUUUUCGUCAAAGAGAGUGCAUCAGCAACUCCUUGGCUUCAUGUUUUUUCUUUCGAACCAGACUCUGUCAAAAGUGAGUUGAUUGCCAGUAUUGUGGCUGCCGGUGCUACUCUGUUUGCUGUACCAGAUAUCUGGAAGAUGGGCUUGGCGCUACAGGAGAUUGUGAAGCUGGCAUCUGCCGCCGCUAUUGAUGAGGAUAAUCGCCGUGUCCGGGAUCUACAGUCCAUACAAGCCUUUUGGAUGUGGAUCAAAAUUGGGCUUUGGAGUGGCUUUCGGCGGAAGAUGGAAAUCGCUGAAGGAUUUGCCCACACAGUGCCGACGAUGCUAAGGAGGGCUGGCGCCUUUCGACAAAACAGAUACACUCCUGCAAUAUUCCCAGCAACAAGUGAUAAUGGUGAGGUACUGAAACAAAAGUGGUUGAAAUGGAUCGAGCAGGAAUCAUUCAAGAGGCAAGUCACAGUGCUUGACUUGGCAUCUAAUCGCCAUUACUCACAGAUUUCCAGGCUUGUAUUGCAAAUCAUGAUGAAUGAAAUGAAAAGUUCAAUUGCAUUCACUAGAAAUCCUCUCUUCUCAGGCACUGAGAUUGCCUUCUCAUUGCCAGCUGCGCAGGAUCUUUGGGAUGCGCAAGAUGAGACAGAGUGGAGGGACAGGAUGAUCGCAAAGUCAGGAACCACCACGACGUCUACACUCAUGGACGGAAUGCACGACCCCUGUAGUCUUGAGAAUGAAGCAGACAUCGUUGACGUUGGCUUUGCAUCACAUGCAAUUCUCAUCGGUCUCUGGGGUCGAGUUUACUCGUUUCUAGACUCCAAGGCCUUUUAUCUCCGAGACAACUCUGAUUCGCACGCUUCGUCGAGCCUCUGGCUAGAAGCCCAGAGACAAGAGCUCUAUCUGAAGAUCCAGUCAAUCACCACCAAGCUUGGAUGGCUACUCCCUCUCUCUUCCGAAGCCAGACUCGUGAGUGAGUUCCUCAUGAUGUCGCUUUAUGUGUCAUCCGAGGAUAUCCAGAGGAUUGCAGGUCGAUACGGAGAGGAUGACUUCCAAAAGUCUCUUCCCGUGCUUGACCGUUGGAAUAACAGCAAGGACGGGCGCUACGCCAGAUGGCAUGCUGGGCAAGUCCUCAAGGCUGCCCGCUCAUUUCCACCUACACAACUCGAUGCUUUUAAUGGAAUAGCAACAUAUCAUGCUUGUCUUGUCCUUUGGGUGGGCUGUGCUCUGAAACAAAGGGCUGGGCGCCAUAUACAAUCGGGGCAAGUAAUGCAGCCUCGGCCUGCUACCAACCUAACAAGUGCUGCCACGGGAGAAGAGCAGGAAAUGCAAUUUUCCAGGCCUGCAAAUAGUACUUCCGACCCAACGAAAGCAUCAAAGAGACAAACUACACAGGUCAUCCUCGAUGGGGAGGAGACGUCUGAAGUAAGAAGCUAUCUGGCAAUGGGCGUUGGGCAGCCUUGUCUACAUAUGUCGAAUCGACUGGUGGAGUUUGAAGAACCAGCAGCUGUAUCAAAGGUUCUCUCGGACAUAUUCAGGGCAAAUUUCCCCUCAAAGUCGUAUCCUCUGCCCCCGAUGCUGGAGAAUUUGGAUAGUCUUAUGGCCGAGCUGUGUCGCUCACACUUUAUCUGA